UACAACAUGACGUUUCCACGGUUCCACUUUCCAACUGUUCCGAUAUUUACACGUUCACGUUGAGGAGACCGAAGCAACCGGUGUUUACUUUUACUUACGUUGCAUUUGGAUUUUAGUAAACUAUUUUUUGUGACGAAUUUCAUCAUCCAACCGUUGUUGAAUCAGAGUGGAAGUUGCCAAAAUGUCUAGCGAUAUUCAAACGGAAACCCGAAGGCUGAAGAAAGUGGAACACGAAAUCAGACUGCUACAAAAAGAUUUGGAGGAUGCCCGGAACAAUGUUGGCCUGGGAGAAAACAAUCCCGAGCUGGAAAAGCUGCAGGUGGAGAAUAUGAAGCUGAAACAUCGUCUGGUUAUUUUGAAUAAGGCGAUUGCAGCCGAACAAGGUCACGCUUCCGAUUCCGGAAGUCCAUCCACACCUAACGGAGGAGCGGUAUCAAUUUUGGACCACUUAAGCAAUCUUUUCACGCAAGCCAUUGCCACUGCAUUCCCGCAAGUGUGCCAAGAUGUUCCGGCGGUCAUAACCGUGUCCAGUUCGGCCAAAUUUGGAGACUACCAAUGUAACAACGCGAUGCAGAUCGUGCAGAAACUGAAGGCCUUGGACGUGAAAACGAAUCCUCGCGAUGUGGCCAACAAACUGAUGGAGGCGUUGCCCCCGUCACCGGCCAUCAGUAAAGCGGAAGUGGCCGGAGCUGGGUUUGUGAAUGUGUUUCUGGACAAGGCAUUUGGCGCCUCUGCCAUCAUGUCCAUCUUGAAGGACGGCGUUAAACCUCCGCAGUUCGAGAAGCGACGAGUAAUUGUGGACUUUUCGUCGCCGAACAUUGCCAAGGAGAUGCACGUGGGACAUUUACGGUCGACCAUUAUCGGAGAUUCGAUUAGCCGAUUUUUAGAAUUCCUAGGACAUGACGUACUGAGGUUGAAUCAUGUGGGAGACUGGGGCACUCAGUUUGGUAUGCUGAUUGCUCAUCUGCAGGACAGGUUCCCGGAUUAUUUGAAGGUUUCUCCACCAAUCAGUGACCUGCAAGGGUUCUACAAAGAGAGUAAGACCAGGUUUGAUUCCGACGAGGAUUUCAAGAAGCGAGCCUACGCUUGUGUAGUAAAACUGCAAAGCGGCGACGAUGAUUCCAUGAAAGCCUGGAAAUUGAUCUGCGACGUGUCCAGGAAAGAAUUCCAAAAAGUGUACGACCGACUGGAUGUUAAGCUGAUCGAACGAGGCGAAUCAUUCUAUCAAAAGCGAAUGGAAGCUAUCGUGAAGGAGUUGGCCAAUGCUGGUUUCCUGGAGGAAGACGAGGGUCGUAAGAUUAUGUGGGGAGAAAAUCGUAACGGAAUUCCUUUAACAAUUAUCAAAUCCGAUGGGGGAUUCACGUACGAUACCUCGGAUAUGGCCGCCAUCAAGCAACGUCUGCACGAAGAGAAAGGCGAAUGGUUAGUGUACGUAACGGACGCAGGCCAGGCAACUCACUUCCAAACGAUAUUCUCCUGUGCUCGGCGUGCUAAGAUUCUGGAUCCCAAUGUCCACCGCGUAGAUCACGUGGGAUUCGGCGUCGUCUUAGGCGAGGAUGGUAAAAAGUUCAAAACCCGUUCCGGUGACACCGUUAAGCUGACGGAGCUUCUGGACGAGGGCUUGAAGCGUUCGUUGGAUAAGCUGCUCGAAAAGGAACGCGACAAGGUGCUCACACCGGAAGAACUGAAGCAAGCGCAGGAAUCCGUUGCAUACGGUUGCAUUAAAUACGCCGACCUUUCACACAACAGGAACAACGAGUACAUUUUCUCCUUUGAUAAGAUGCUGGAAGACAAAGGUAACACAGCAGUUUACCUUCUCUACGCGUAUACUCGCAUACGUUCGAUUGCUCGCAACUGCGGAGGAGAUUUCGCCAACAAUAUCGAGAAAGUAAUCGAUACAACCGAACUGACGCUGGAUCACGAGAAAGAAUGGAAGCUGGCGAAAGUGCUCCUGAAGUUCACCGACGUGAUGAAGCUCAUCUCGAAGAACCUCUGUUUGCAUCAUCUUUGCGAGUUUGUGUACGAAGUUAGCACAACGUUUACAGAAUUUUACGACAGCUGUUACUGCAUUGAAAAGAACAAACAAGGCGAAAUAGUAAAGAUCAACGCUGGCCGUGUCUUGCUGUGUGAAGCAACGUCUAGAAUUCUGGGCAUAUGCUUCGAUAUUCUGGGAUUGAAGCCAUUGCAUAAAAUUUGAACAGCUUCCAUCACAGUUAUUAUAUCUUUUCAAUAAACUUAUAUGAACUAUCAUUUUCAAGUGA